GUCUCGCUCUUGCCUCUGGAUCUGCUGCGACUUUUACCAUUACACAUCUUUUUAAGCCCGGAGAUGGAAUUAUAUGCAUGAAUGAUGUUUAUGGAGAUGCUAUGGAUUGAAACGCCCACAAACCCUACUAUGAAGGUCGUGGACAUUCAGGGCUGUUCAGAUAUUGUCCAUGAGCACAACAAGGACACAAUUGUUGUUGUGGACAACACUUUCAUGUCAGCCUACUUUCAGCGCCCUCUUGCACUUGGAGCAGACAUCUGCAUGUACUCUGCAACAAAAUACAUGAAUGGACACACUGAUGUUGUCAUGGGGUUGAUUUCUCUCAACCGUGCGGACGUCUAUGAACGCCUGAGGUUUUUUCAGAGUGAGCUUGGGGCCGUUCCCUCUCCAUUUGACUGUUAUAUGUGCAACCGGGGUCUGAAGACACUGCACCUGAGAAUGAAGCAGCACUUUAAGAACGGACUGGCAGCGGCACAGUUUCUAGAGGCCGACCCAAGAGUGGACAGAGUCAUCUUCCCAGGUCUUCCAUCUCACCCUCAGCACGAGCUGACAAAGAGACAGUGCACAGGCUGUCCUGGGAUGAUCACUUUCUACAUUAAAGGAAAACUGGAGCACGCCUCAACUUUCCUCAGCAAUCUGAAGUUGUUUGCGCUUGCUGAAAGUCUUGGUGGUUAUGAGAGUCUAGCAGAGCACCCAGCGAUUAUGACUCAUGCUUCAGUGCCUGAGAGUGAGAGGAAAGAGCUGGGAAUCAGUGAUACACUCAUUCGUCUGUCGGUGGGCCUGGAGGAUGAGGAAGAUAUUAUUGCAGACCUAGACCAAGCCCUCGGUGCUGCACAUCCAAAAAAGUAAGAGACUGAUCAAGAUCAGUCAGGAACAGCCGUGAUGCCACAUGUGGACGAGACAAGGACACUUUUUUUUGCCACAUUUAUCAAUUACUUUAUGCUUGACAGUUAUGCUUGAAAAACAUUAAUUGCCAUCUUUUCAUUCAAAGUACUGGAGAUUUGCUGCUUUUGUCUUUCCACUUUUUGUAAUUAUAGUUUGAUGAGGUAGUGGGGCUAAACAAAACAGAAACCCUCUGAGUUUUCAAGUAAUGUACAAGCACACAAUCAGUCUUUAUUUUCUGCUUCAAAGAUGCAAAGCCACCUCAUAAUGUCUUUCAUUGAUCAGUUUAGUAUUUUAAAUACUAGAUAUUGACUAGAUGCCUAAGUGUUUUUAAUCCUAAAGGGAUCACAUCCGAUCUUUGUCUGUGCUGCCAGACCCAUUAAAAGCCAUUUGUAGUCUC